AUGGGAGCUGUAGGUUUUUACUCAGCCUUUUCUGCUCUCCUGUUCUUGCUGCUGGCAGCCAGCAGCAGCCCCUGCUUGGGGUUGAACUGCAAGGAACAUGAACACGUUUAUGGUGGGAAGUGCUGCAAGGACUGUCCCCCUGGUGAAGGGAUGCAGUUCCGCUGCACUGCGACGGAGGACACAGUCUGCAGGCCCUGUCGAGAUGGACACUUCAGCAGUGAGCACAGCCACAGGUUCUGCAACAGCUGCACAGUCUGUGACACCUGGAAGGGCAGUGUGGAGGUGAAGAAGUGUGAGAUGACCUCUGACAGGAUCUGCAGGUGCCGUGCAGGUUACAUGCCCGUGGUGGGGACCACACCAGGAAGUGUGUGCUCACCAUGUCCUGAAGGAUCUUAUUCCCUGGGGCAAAAUGAAAACUGUCAGCCUUGGACCAACUGCAGCCUUCUUGGGAAAACCACACUGCAAGCAGGAACACAAACAACUGAUGCUGUGUGCAGCAACCAUGCCACACAUCCGGCCAGCCCUCAGAGUGCAACACUUGCUCUGAACCUUUCCACCACUGACCACAAGGACAACAUGUCAACAGCAACCUCCUCACCAUCCAGACCCAGCCUGGGUCCUUCCAUCUGCCUGGACACAGAGAGCAGCCCCACAGAAACCAACUGGGGCUCUUUAUCCCUCAUCCUCAUCUGUCUGAUACUGCUUCUGGUGAGUGGCAUCUCCAUCCUCCUGCUGGUUGUCCAAGCAGCCAAAGACCAGAGCAAGAAGAGGCCUUGCAGAAGCAACCUUCAGCAACCACAGAGCUGCCGAAUUCCUAUCCAGGAAGAGCAAAUUGACUCCAAUUCCACUCUCAUCAAAAACUGA